ACCAAAAUGGCACCGUUUUGAUAUUCUCCGCUGAAGUGUCGUGAUGAAAAGUGACCAUUUUCGACCUGUUUUCUUAGAGCUAGGAAAAACUUUUGUCGGAGAAUGAGAAGAGGAUAUUCUAGACCGCCCAUGGGGCGAGGAUAUGCUGGAGGACGUGGAAGGGGAUUCGAGCAACAUCAUGGUGGAUUUCGAGGAGGUGCGCCGAGGCCGAGGGGCAUUGACAGCCAUGGUGGAGCAGGUGGAGCCCAACAACGUGGACGUGGGAGUAGCGGCUACAUACCGGACACCGGACCGCUGCCGUCAUCAGGCAUGAACGAUACGCGUCCUUCAGAUCCGCGAGACAGAGCGCGGAUAAUGGGUGAAAAUGAAAUUCCACAAAUGGGACCUGACUUUAGUGGGAGUGUACAGGAUAUGAAUAGAAAUGUAGGAAAUUAUUCUACAAGUGCAAUGUAUGUUGGCCAAAGUGCGGAAUUUGUGGAACAAGAACAAAUGCAUAUGCACAGUAACACUAACAGGCCAGCAGGACAUGGUUUUACACAAAUUGCAGGGACAACUGGGUCUGGGCAAAGUGGGGUUGGGAAUUAUCCAAGCCAGUAUGCUGUGCAAGGGCCAGGUGAUGGCAGGUUUGAAAGGGAAAGUUACAUGGGAAGAGAAAGAAGGCAGGGCCCAGGGCAAAGAGAUUAUUAUCCAGAUAUGGGAAGGUCCGACAGAUACAAAUCAGAUUUUAAGAGCCCUAAUGAAAGCAGUCCAGAGUAUUUUUCAACAAAUUAUCCAACAACUGAGUUGGAAGAGGAAGAAUAUAGAAUGUAUCAAACAAGGGAAGCAGAUGAUGGGGGGAAUAGAGAAGGAAGUCCAGAACCAUUCCCAGAAGAUGAAUUUGAAUAUGAAUGUGAGAAUCCUGAUUCUCAAUCUGGUAAUAUACGAGAAUCACAAUCCGAUAUAGAUCUUAGCCCUGAUCGCAGUGGCCGUAGAAGCAACAUUUCUGAUAUUGAAUUGACCCCCGAUGAAAGGGGUCAUGAGAAAAACCUUUCUGAUAUUGAUUUAAGCCCUGAGCAUGAUCAAAAAUUCAUUAAGAAUGAAGCUCAAGGGAGUAUUCAAGGCCCAAGAUUAAGUAGUAGGGACUUGGAAGAUAGGAAAAUGGAUCAAAUGUCUAGAGAGGAACAGGAUCCACAUAGGAGUGGGUCUGCACUUCAAAGAGAUUCUGAUAGAGGGUUUGAAAGAAUGCAGAGGCUUGGACCUACAUAUGGAGAGAGAUCUAUGACAGAAGAUGCCAGAGAACGUGAAUCUAGGUCAAGAAGUUCCUCACUUCCAAGAGAUCAGCAAGCACCUGAUCUCAAAGGACGGGAGCCCAAUGCGACAAAUGUGGAGAUGAUGAUGAAACAGGAAGAUCCGAAAACUUCACUUGUCAUAACUGUCACCAAUGACCAAUGCCCAGAGAAGGAUGGACCCCAAUCUGCUAUUGACCGUCUUGGACCAGCAGUCCCCCAGACGAAGGAUGCAGCAGAAAGACUUGGACCACCUGUAUCUGCUCCUGCAGAUCGUCUUGGACCACCUGUCCCUUCUGCUCUGGGUGCUGCUGCUAAUCGCCUUGGCCCUUCUGUGGUAGCUCCUGCAGAAAGGCUUGGGCCAUCAGUAGCUGCCCCCCAAGAGCGAUUGGGCCCUUCACCUAACGUACCUACUGAUCGUUUGGGCCGUCCUCUGGAGACACCUGCUGCAGAAAAGCAAGCAUUUGCUCCUAAGGCUCAGGCUUCAGCAGCAGCUGCCUCAAAAAGGUCAAGAAGGAAAGACAAGCUACCUGCCAUAGCUGAUGAAGACUUUGAUCUUUAUGCUGACAUUCCACCACCAGAGAAUGAAGAAGAAAAAAUCCCAGUGAGUGAGCCAAAACAGGAUCUUGUUAUCACCUUUCAAGCACAAGACAAACCUGCACCUGUUACAACUGCGGCCCCAAAAAUGUUUCCGGCAGCUCAUGUCGUGACUGGUCCAACUGUUCAUGCUCAUCCAGAAGCAAUGCCAAAGGAAGUGGACCAACAUAGUGAACAAAGCAGUGGGAAGUCGCAAGAGGCCUCUGAACCAGGAAAUGAAGUUCCAGCAGUGUCUGUUGUAACUAUUCCUAAGUCCAAAUGGGACAGUGAUGAUGAAGGUUCUGAUAAACAUCUUAUUUUGGUACCAAAAUCUGCCAAAAUGCCUGAACCGAAAGCUGAAAUUGUAAAGAGUGUCAAAAAGAGAGACCCAUCUUUACAUAUGGGACAGAUUGUUAAGGAUGUAAAGUACAAUAAAACUGACACAGCUAAAUUACAGGGAUUGAUAGGUGACACUAAGUCAAAGGAAGCAACAAAAGACAAAUCUAAAUCUGACGAUAAACAAAAUAAAUCAGAAACAAAGAAAAAGGGCAAACCCAAAAGACGAGAUAGAAGCCGGAGUUCAAGUAGAAGUAGAAGUAGAAGCAGGGAAAGAGGAAAGAGAGAAAAACAUGGGAAAGAUCGGCACAGAAGAGAUCGAUCAGAUAGUAGAGAGAAAAGAAGGAAAGAUUCUAGAUCAAAUAGCAGAGAGAGAAGAAGAAGAAGAUCUAGGUCAGCUAGUAGAGAGAGGGGUUAUUACAGACCAACACUUUCAUUUAGGGGAGGUAGAGGGGGAACUUACCUAGAUGGUAGAAGGAAAUAUCAAAGAGAUUAUAGACAUGAUGAUAGGAGAAGAAGUAGAUCUAGGUCGAGAGAAAGGCGCCGAUCAAGGUAUGAUAAACGCAGAAGUAGAAGUAGAUCCAGUUCGUAUUCUUCCUACAGUAGCAGCAGCUCAAGGUCAAGCUCUAGCUACAGUUCCUCAAGGUCUUCAAGUAGGAGCAAGUCUCCUGAGAAAAGUAAAAAGAAAGUGAAAGAUACUAAGUCAAAGGGUGACGGUAAAAGUAAUCAGAAGGAAGUUGGAAAGGCAAAAUCUGGUGAAAUACCAGCUGAAAAAGUCGAGUCUGAACCACCUAAAGUACAAGCAGAGAAAACAUAUGAUAUAUUCACUGGAAAGCAUGUUGAGGAGGAACCUUCUAAGCCAGGUAAAAAAGAUACUUUUGCAAAAACUGGCGGGCUGCCUGAUCCGCUUGGAUUAAAGCAACUGACAAAACCAAUGAAAAGUAAAGUGUAUUCUGGACCAAUCUAUGAUAUGCCCCCAUUGACAGUAACUGCCUCAACUGAAUCAGAGACAAAACUAACAGCUCCUUUGCCUCUUGCUGCUGCAAAACCUCUGAAAUCAAUUUUGAAGAAGAAGAAAAUGGAUUUGGAUGUAAAAGCAGAAGAGCCCACAGCAAGUGAUGCUCCAGACCCACAGGUACCAACAGUUGCAGCAAGUGCGCAGCCUGCCGCAAGUGUUAGUGGUCCUGAUUUGGCUCAAUUGUCAUCAGUACUAGCUAAUCUUGUUCCUCAAGGAGGUGACCAGACCUCUCAGUCUUUAGCAACUCUCCUCUCUGCAAUUAGUGCUCAACAACAGCAGAAACAAGAGCAAGAACAACAGCAACUGUUGCUGCAGCAGCAACAACAACAAAACCUUAUUCAACAACAGCUCCAACAGCAACUAUUUCUUCAGCAACAGCAGCAGCAACAACAGAGUUUGGGAUUUUUCAACUCACAAAAUACUUCUAUUCCUGGUCUGGGAAAUCAACUUGAGUUCCCUGUAGGUGCCCAAGGCAUAUUUGCUCAAGGUGCUAUUGGAGGACAACAAUCCUCAAUACCUGGUCUUGAUGUAGGUUAUCACAACCCUCAAGUACUUGGAGCUGGAGGGAUAAUGACUUCAUCUGUUACUGGUCUUGGAGGUAUACCUUCAGCAGCCAUGAAUUCCUCAAUCCCUGGACUUGGAGAUACUUCCCAUCAGAACACACAGCCACAAGCAUCUCAACAACCUAAUCAGAAUCUAGCAACCAUUCUCCAGCAGUCUGGUCUGAAGAUGACACCCGAGUUGUCAGCUGUACUUGGAAAAAAACAGCCAGAUCAGUCUUCUGAAGGAUUCAGUGGCCAGUCAGCAUUCCAGAGUGGGGUUAUGCCAUCUCAAAAUAUUCCGUUCCUGUCAGGGACAACAGCAGCUACAGAAGAAGAGGAUAGCUUCUUAUAUGGUGAACCUCAGCAGAGUUCACAAUUCAAUUCAAAUCAAUACAUGAACCAAAGUCAACAAGCUCCUUUCCAAACUCAAGAUCAGCUCUACCCAGGACAAGUACAUGCAUCAGCACCAGAUGAAUAUGUCCCAGAAGCUAAACCUGUAACAUCUCAAGCAGGCUCUUCUGUAGAUUCUAAUCAUAUCCAAAAAAUUCUCUCUGCUAUUGGCUUUGACUUUGACAUGGCCAAAAAAGUUGAACUUGAAAAAAAAUUAGGAAUUCAUGAAAGCAAAACUCAGCCAAAAUCUGUAGAACAGCCAGUGCCAAAGAGUGAUUAUGAACAAGUAUCAGAGUAUGUUAGUGCACAGCGAAUUCAAGCUCAGCAAAGUCAAACUUUGCACGCAGCAAAAAAUGAAGGUGCCACUAUUGCUUCAACUUCUUCUGAAUACAAGAUGGAUGGUUUGAAUCAAACUGCUUCUUUCCUUGAUACUGGACUACAAGUGCCGCCAGUCAGUACUGCGGAGGACAAGUCUACUAAAAAACUAAGUAAGAAAAAGAAAAAGAAAGCGGAAAAGAAAAAGCUGAAGGAAGAGAAAGCUGCUUUAAAAGUGAAGUCUUCUGAAAGUGAAAAACAGCCAACAAAGAAGGGACUCAAAGAUGACCUGGAACAGAAGGAAAGAAGAAAAUCUGGAAAAGGUGGCUCUAAGAGUCCUUUAACAGAGCCUGUGAGUGAUGAAGAGCUUACUCAUGAUACACCUAAGAAGCAUCAGCAGUAUGCGGAACUUGCAAAUAUCAAGAUAAAAGUUGCCCAAACACCAUCUUCAUCAAGAUCAGAGUCAAAAAGAAGGAUAGUGUUGCUUCCUGAUGCACAAAAAGAUGACCCUGAGGAACAGGAAGGAAAGAGGCAUGUCACCAGAGAACCAGCUGGUGGGAAAUGGUCGGCACAGGAGAAGCCUUAUCAAGAAGAAGAUUACUACAAGCCUCAAGGUUGGGAGAUGGCAGAGCGUAGACGAAUAGAGGAACAAAUAAGGAUAGAAAUGCAAAUAAAAGAAGAGAAAGAGAAGGAGAAAAGAAGAAAGGAGAUGCUGAAGAAAGAACAAGAGUGGCUGAUGAGAGAGGUUGCCUUGAAGACAAUGGAAGAAAAAAUCAGGAGGGAAGAAGAAAAGCUACUGCAGGUCAAGGAAAUAAAUAAGCGUCAGGAAGAGAAGUUACGAAGGGAGGAAGAGAAGCUCAUACAUGAUUGGGAAUUAAUGAGGAGACAGGAGGCAAAGAGGCUAGAUGCAGAAAAGUCUGGUGAAGCACGCAGGCAACAGAAGCUAAGAGAAGAAAAAGACAAGAUCCAGAAGAAGUUGGUACUUCUCCAGAGAGCGCUUGAAUCAUUGAGGAAGCAGCAAGGAGAUCUGAUGAGGCGCAUGAAGCACACAAAGGAGGGACACAAAGAUCCCCAGAUUGCGCACAACAGCAAACUACAACAAGAGAUUUCUGACCAGAUCAGAUCUCUAAGGAAGGCCUAUGCAGAUGUUGGAACCAAAGGAUAUGACAGGGAUGCUGAGAAAAGUGGAUCAGAAAGCCGCGACGGAAAGGAACGGCGAAGCUUGUCCACAGACAGAUCAAGCUCAGGCAGAGAUGAUAGAGACAGAGAUGGGGAGAGAGAAAAGAGUUCAUCAUCUCAUCGCAGCAAGCGCAGCUCAGCUGACCAUAAGGAAGAGAGGGAACAGGAGAAAGAGAAGGAAAAGGAGAGCAAGGCUCGGUUCCAGUUCACCUACUUUGAUGAUGGAGACCAUUGGUGUAAAGUUUGCCAGAAGGCGUUGCGAAAUCUGAACGAGUUCUUCAUUCAUCUUCACUCAAAGAAGCAUAUGAAGUUGAUUGAUGCUAUGGAUAGACCAUGGAUGUCAAGUGAGGCCAAAUCUGAGAAAUCUGGUGGAUCAACAGAAGGUCUCAUCCCUGCACCUAUAAAAGGAGCUGAGUUCAUGAUGCCAGUGAAUGGAUAUUACUGUCGUCUCUGCAAGGUUUUCUCCGGUGAUGGUAUUGCUGGGAUGGAACACAUGAAGGGCCACAGUCACAAUUUUGCAUAUCAGAAACUGUUGGAUGAGAACAAGCAUUAUGAGAAGCAAUUAGAGCUAGAGAAAGCCGCAUCUUCUACCAAUGCACCAAUCUUCACCAAGGAAGAAGGUGAUGGGGAGGAGAAAGGAAACAAACGAAAAGCUGAAGAGGUACCUGAAGACAAACAGAGCAAGCAGAUAAAGACUGAAGUUACAGAUGUCAAGGUUUCAGCAAAACAGUCUGGUGGAUUCGGAAAGUUCAAGUUUAACAAGGAACAAGAGCCUUCUGUUCCUGCCCAAGAAGCUGCUAAAGAAGCUGCCCCAGAAGCACCCUUGGAGCUGAGGAAGGAAACGAGUCAAGGAAGCUGUGAUGCUCCUGCAAAGAAGGAUCCCAACAAACUGAGCAUCAAGAUUGGUUCCAAACGCUUGAUUCCAACCACUUUACUACGUGGCAAAUCCGCUCAAGGGACACCUACAACUCCUGCUGCUGAAGGUGCUACAGCUGCGACUACUAAUGAGUCUGAACCUACUGUAACCAUUAGAAACAGGUCAACAAGAUCAUCAACUUUGGCCCAGAGACCACAACCCAUGAUUGGUAAAAGACCAACCCGAAGAUCCAGAGAUCAACCCAAAGAGCCACCUGCAGAAGAAAAAACAAUGUCUUCCUUGGAUGAUUUUCUCCAAGGUACUAGUGGAGAAGCACUUCCUGUAAUAAGUGAUGAUAAGGAUGUUAAAGAAGAAAGUCCAGUGAAGAAUCCAGAAGGGAAGAAGGAGGAAGAAUUUGUUUUGAAGGAGGAUGACAUUGCCAGUGCGUUCAAAGGAUUAGAAGAGAUGGAGUUCAUUCAGAUUGAUGAAGCAUCUGAUGAUGAGGCGAUAGAGAAUCCAGAAGUACCAGGAGGUGAGGCAAAUGAUGAAGCCAGCAGCUUACCAGUUCCAAUACCACCACCACCUGCAGAUAAGUAACCCUGCUCUACAAUUGCUUAAUAAGAUCAUAGAUGGAGAGAACAGAACUGACUGGAGCUAACCCAGAAAUGCAUUCUGGAGAUCUUGGAAUGGCUAUUAUCUUGGAAAUUUGGACCAUAAAUCCUCACCCAAGGAAAGGAGAGCAAAGUUCAAUGCAUAUAAUCUCAAUAAUGCAAAGGAACAAUUGAAAGGUUAUGUUGUCAUGUAAAUGCCUAUUUGAAACGUGUAAAUAACUUCAUAAUUUGCUACAUAUGAUCUGUUUUGAGGUGAGGUAAUGGGUAUCCUAUCUAGUGGAUAAACUUAAACUUUGAGUAACAGUGUAAUACCUUUUGCAUUUAUUUGGAUAUUACAUGCAUAUGUACAUUGUGAUUGCACAAUGUGAAUGAAUGUACUUUGUGAAUCAAAUGUAUUUUUUUAGUCUUAUCUAUAAUUUAUCUCUAUAGCUACCCACCCAGUACAUGUAAUAUCUUCUAAUUGAAGCCAUUUGGCAGUAUGUGGUACAGAUGUUCACUAAAAGGAUCUUUAAAGGAUGUUGUAUGUGUAAUAUCUCCACCUAUUCAUAUUUUCCUUGAAGCUGUUAAUUUUAUUUUUUUUCUUCAGAUAGAUCUUGAUAAAUCAUACUUACUUGCAUAGAAUUAUUUUUGCUGAAAAUUAUUUGUUCCAUGCAUACUCAAAGCAGUUUUGGUGCUUAUGUUGUACCGGGUAGACAUGAAAGUUCUAAAAUAAUGUACAUGUAUUAUUAGUUAAGCUUUUAUGUAAAUAAUUGAUUUCAUGGUAGUAUAAAGAAUCAAGAAUGUGUACAUUAUUAUCAAUAUCAACCCCAAGCGCAUUUUGUACCAUGUUUAUGCAUUCAAAGUACUUGUUACUUGUAGUCAAAACUUACUCAUUCAUUGUGUGUUGAAUUUCUAGUGUACAUUGUCUUGCUUGCAGAGAUGAAACUCAACCUUGAAAUUUGCUCUGUAUAGAUACAAAAUAUUGACAAACUCAUGAAAGAUAUCAAUUUAAACUGCUUAUUUUCUAAAUUAUGUCCAACAAACUCUUUAAACUUUUUUUUUUCAAUUAUUGUAAAAAUCAAUGUUUUGAUAUUGUUUCAUUGACUUUGAAAUAAACAAAGCCCAUACAGAUGAAUGAUUAAAAGAGAUAUCAGGCAAAUGGUAUAUUUUGUUCUCUUUGCUUGACUUACAAAGGAAGGGGGUCAUUUAUUAUGAUUGUCAUUUGAAAUUGUUUCAUAAUUUUUCAUCCGACAACUGAGAAUUCUUAAAUGAUUGCUUAUACAUGAGUAAUUAGAAGACAGAUGGCUAAGGGACCUGAGAAGCAUUUCAUCAACACUUGAUAUCUUUCCUUUUAUUGGCUGAGGGACUCAGACAUCCAACUGCCACUAUGGUGACUGAUGGAUAUUGACAUCUUUUCAGUGCCGACAUAGGCCCGACAACUAAUGAGGAUAAGAGCUGAACACCAAGGGCACUUUCACAAUAACAUAGAUGGAGAGCAAGGUCACUGGAAUACUGCUGUACCAUUUAUGCUGUUAAACCUUCAGGAAGUGUGUGCUUGGUUGUCAUCUCACUGUUUGCUUGUUAAAAAAGAUUACCUUUUGGUCACAGCUGUCAAGGCGAUCCUGGAUGAAGAGGCCGAAGCAUAGUUAUAAAUUUAUUAAAAUAUUGAGAUUGUUCUACUACCGUACUGAUGAUAUGUGCUUAAUAUUUCAACAACCAGAGAAGCAUCUGCUCGGUCCUUUCUGGGAGACUUGGUAUUAAAAGGAGAUUGGGUCAAACUGGGAAAUCCAGAAUAUGAGACUCAAUGUAUUGAUAUUGCAGCAACAACUUUUUUUUUCUCGCUCUUUAAGGAGGUGUAUUUUUUCAUUAUUACUGUUUAAAUAUUCAUCCAUAGGUGAUCAUAAGUUGGCACAAUAGAAAUAUUUAAAAGUAUUUAUAGAUAGAAACAAUAAUCAUGGAUACAUAACUGCUAAGAAUGGUUUAGUUUCCGCUUGCAAAUUACUCCGUUUGUAAACAGAUUUUUAUCGCAUCAUGCACAAAAAGUAGGAAAGAUGUAUUAAGAAAUAAUUUGUAUUGAACAAUCUGGAUUUGUUGCUCUCAGUAUAAGGGAUAUAACCUCAAUUUCUGUUUCUGUUUGUGGUAACUCCCAUAGGAACUCGGCAGGACAGCAUUUUGCUGGUUAACGCCAAGCUGGUA